AUGAAUACGGCCUUUGGUACGGGGCCCGCGGAAACCGACGCGUACGCUGUCCGAGCUGUUUGGGACUCUUCGUUGGAACCUGCAGUCAGGCGUUUCAAGGGGCAACAUACACAAUUCUGUAUUUUAAAAUAUUUUACAAUCUAUCUAUCUAUCUAUCUAUCUAUCUAUUCACGUGAUUGGCUAAUAUCACUUGAUUAUCUCUUUAUCUAUCUAUCUAUCUAUCUAUCUAUCUAUCUAUCGCAGUGUACUCAUUAUCUAUCUAUCUAUCUAUCUAUCUAUCUAUCUAUCUAUCUAUCUAUCUAUCUAUCUAUCGCAGUGUACUCAUUAUCUAUCUAUCUAUCUAUCUAUCUAUCUAUCUAUCUAUCUAUCUAUCGUCCUUUAGUUGUUUCGUUGACUGCUUUCAACAAUCGUUUCUUUCUUUUUUUGCCUUUUUUUUCCCGCUGUGAACAGCUCCGACAACAAAAUGGCCAAGGUCGCAAAGCUUUCAUUUUUAAUGAAGAGACUUUCUAG